GUGGAAAGCACGAAGUCCCGACUUCUUUGCCUUUCUCAGUUUUCUCUUUUUGCUGAAGGAGUGCCGUCGAGUGCGGGAACAAAGACAUUUUCGCGUUCCUGAGGCACUUUUUUUUUCACCAGGUCUCGAACUCUUUGUGGGGCUGAGUUUCUCCCGUCGCACAAAUCGAUUGUGUCUCUCCCGUCUCCUCCCUCUCUUUCUUCAACCUUUUGAUUUUUCUUUUCUCCACAAUGGGGAAACGGGCAGGCGAAGAGAAAACACAGGAGGAGGAAGCGAUGGAGGCUUCUUCGGCCUUCAGCGCACCGCGAGAAGUCGAGGUCGAGAGAGAAAGAAAGAGAAAGACGAAGAAUGGCGCAGAGCAGCUCGAUGAGGAAGAAGAAGCUUUGGACUUCGAGGAUCCCUAUGAAGACGAAUACGACGAAGAAGAUCGGCUGGCUGCCCAGAUGAAAGCAGGAGCCUCUUCCGACAGCGACGCUGAGUCGGAGGUCGAGGACGAGGGAGACGACGAGCAAGGGAAGGAGGAAGAGAAAGUCGUGACGCGCGCGUGGAGGCCAGGAAUCGACACCCUCGCAGAAGGUGAAGAGCUCGACUUUGACCCCUCUGCGUACGAGAUGCUGCACCGCGCCACUAUGGAAUGGUCUUGCCUCUCUUUCGACAUUCUUCGUGAGCCCCAUGGAGCUCUCCGGACGAAGCCUCCGCACACGGCGUACGUCGUCGGCGGCACUCAGGCUGAAACGUCGAAGGGCAACCGGCUCUUCAUCAUGAAGUGGAGUGACUUACACAAGACAAACCAGGACGCGCGCGACAGCGACGAUGAGUCCAGCGACGAAAGCGACGACGAAGGAUCUGACGAAGACCCGAAACUGGAUUUCCGCAUUAUCGCACACCAGGGCACUGUCAACCGUGUCCGGUGCUGCCCACAGAUGAACCGACUCGUGGCAACGUGGUCUGACCUGGGCGAGGUGAACGUGUGGGAUAUCGACAAGCAGGUCAAGCGUCUGGACGACCCUGGCGCAGCUGGUCCGCCGCCGACGCCUCACCAGCCCCCCAAGUUCACCUACAAGGACCACGGAGUCGAGGGCUACGCGCUCGAUUGGAAUCCGGUCCAUACUGGCAAAAUGCUAUCGGGAGAUGUAGAGGGCUGCGUGUGCCUCUGGGAGCCGCAGGAGGGCGGCUGGGCCGUCUCGAAAAUCAUGCAUGCUUCGAAAAAGAAAAAGAAGGCCGCGCCGGUGCGGUUCUCUGGAGUCUCAGAAGGAGCAUCCGUCGAAGAAACUCAGUGGAAACUUGGCGGAAGUGGAGCUGGCGACGUCUUCGCCACAGCCUCCAAUGAUGGAGGAAUUCGAAUCUACGACACGAGAAGCAGCACGGCGGGACCGGCACUCGCUCUGCUCCACGCCCACACCUCCGAUGUGAAUGCACUUCGAUGGUCUCCCGUUCACCACGAUCUUCUUCUCUCAGGAGACGAGGACGGAUGCGUAAAAGUAUGGGACGAACGAUAUGGAGAGGUGCCUCUUGUCGUCAUGCAGUGGCACAAGAAACCGAUUACGUCGGUGGACUGGCAUCCGACCGACGAGGCGACUUUCGCGACUUCGUCGCUCGACGACAGCGUUGCCCUGUGGGACAUGUCUGUCGAAAUCGACGAAGACGCUGAAGAGCGAGAUCGAGGGGCGAAGCAAAUGGAGGCGGAGAAGAAUGACGACAAGAUGCCCGAGCAGCUCAUGUUCGUCCACAUGGGCCAGGAGCACAUUUCCGAGAUCAAAUUCCACCCUCAAAUUCCCGGCGUUGUCAUUUCCACUGCAUGCGAUGGCUUCAACUUCUUCAAGACCUGCAACAUCUAACUUUCUUCGCCCGUCGCGGACGGGCAACUGUCCGUCGUACCUCGUCACGAGACUGUUCUCUAGGUCUUGCGUGUAUGUCUAGAUAUGCAUGAGGACAUUGAGUGCAACGUUUUUAUCUAAGCGUGCGAGUGCGGAUUUCAGAAACGCUCUAUCUCGCUCCUGUCUGGACUUGAAAGAUACGGAAUUCGUUUUGCCCAUCGG